UAUAAUAAUCAUAUCACAUCCGGUAAAUGCAGCGCCCUGUGCUUGUUGAUCGGGCACCGUCGACAAUUAAUCCAAUUACCCGUCGUGAUUGAGCGGGACCGGUGCGCUGCGUGGGCGGGACCACUGCCGUCGUACCGAUACAGCUGUAUAUAUUAAUAACGGGAUCGCUGAUAUCGCGAUGCUGUCAUUUAAGCCGCGGCUCGCAUUUUCGCUCCUGGCACGCCGCUUAAUUGCCGGUUGAUCCGCUGCAUAGUGCCGUGUGUGUGUUAUUCCUACCGUUGCACGCCGCAGUAAACAACUCCGCUUGACUGAUUUCUUUAUUUUCCCCUCGGAUUUUUUCCGCGUCGGCUAAAAAUAUGAACGCAACGACCGCCCGUCCGGACUGGCCGGGCGCCCCCGCGGGCGGCGGGGAGGAGGACAGCGGCGAGGAGGGUCCGGAGAAGUUCCCCCUGGACUACCGCGUCAUCGCCACCACGCUGCACGUCGUCAUCUUCGUCCUGGGCGUCGCCGGGAACAUCGUCUUGAUCGCCGUGGUGGGUCGGUCGCGGCUGCUGCACACGCCGACCUACGCGUACCUGGUUUCCCUGGCGGUGGCUGACCUGCUGGUGAUCUGCACGGCCAUCCCGGAGGCGGUGGUCUUCCACCAUCUGGGCAAGCGCUGGCUGCUCGGACCGGCCGGAUGCGCCAUCUUCAUCUUCCUGAAUUUUCUCGGCAUCAACGCCGGAAGUCUCAGCAUUUUGGCGUUGACGAUGGAGCGGUACGUGGCCAUCUGCCGACCCUACCUGGCCCGCAAAUUCUGCACGAUGGAGCGCACCUCCCGCUCCAUCGCCGGCAUGUGGUGCUUCGCCAUCCUGUACUGCUGCCCCUGGCUAGGCCUGACCGAGGUCAAACGCGAGCCCUUCCCGCCCUUCGCCGAGCAGUGCGAGUUCCGCCUGCCGCCGGCCACCUACAUGAUCGUCUUCGCCGCUGACCUUUUACUCUUCUACCUGGUCCCGCUCUUCGUCGCCCUGAUCGUCUACGCCAAGAUCGGCGCCAUCCUCUGCCGCAGUCUCAGUCUGCUGCGCCGGGAGGACGCCGGCAGUGGCGGCGCCGGCGGCGGGGCCUUCCCGCGGGCCUCCUCGACGCCGUGCUCGCUGCACACCACCCCCAAGAAGGGGACGACGCUGAGCACCCUCCGGGGCGGCGGUUUCUCCACCACCGCCGGGACGCCGCACGCGCCGUUGCUGGAGACCGUCGAGCGCGCUAGUUACGGGCAUGGGGAGUAUUUGGAGGGGCGCGGAAAGGUCACGGGGGAUCCGCGGGAAACGGAGAAGAUGCAGAAUCUGGCGGUGAUCAACUCUCGCACGCAGAUCCUGCGUAUCCUCAUCGUGAUUGUGGUGUUGUUCGCGUUGUCCUGGCUGCCGUUCCGCGGGCUGUUAGUGUACAACUCUUUCGUGAAAGAACCCUGGCUGGAUAUCUGGUAUCUGCUCUUCGCCAAGACGUUAAUUUACGUCAACUCCGCCAUUAAUCCCUUCGUCUACAACGCCAUGUCUAAGCGCUUUCGCUUGGCCGUUCUGCGAAUGCUCUGCGGCCGAUUGAUCUCCAAGAGUAACGAGAAGAGCCGCACCCACCGCCGUCCCGGCGGCCCCCCGGCGCCGCCCCUCCGCCGGGCCGCCAACCCCGCGGCGGCCGGCCAGGGGACCGGCGCCCGGCCGUUCGUGCCGCGGCGCUUCUUCAACGCCAACAUCCUCUUCAGCGACGUCCCGACGCCCACCUCCACCUCGGGCGGCUGCCGGAAGUCCAGCGCCCCGGGGGAGCGGCGGCGGGGACGCGGCGGGGGUCUGCCCAGCAGUCCCUCCGUCCGGGAGAUGGACCGGCCGGUGGCGGCCACCCGCUCCGACGUCCUGGGCCCGAGCCGGCCCGGCCAGACCCCGGGCUAUAUUGCGCGCAUCCGCGAAGUGCACUCGACGGUGGCGCCGCGCUCGCAGGUCGACAAAAUCGAGGAUGAUCCGCUGCUGGUGAUCUACAAGAGUUUCUACGAUUACACGACAAAUAACUACCAUUCGUCGCCCAAUUAAGACUUACAAAUUAAAUAAUUUAUUUCUUUCUCGAUUUUUUAAUUUAUUUUCGGUCGAUGCAUCGCUCUUUCGGCACCUGUGUUCUAGAAUAAUAUCAAUAACUAUACGCUUGCGCAAUUAAUGCGGAAUUUUAUUUAUUUUCGUUAAGCAACGAAUCUCAGAAAUUUAAUCAGUAUUUUUUAUUAUCUUGCCCGUUACGAUUUGUAUCACGCUUGUGUAAUUAAGAUUGCGACGGUUUUUUUUAUUAGCCUGGGUUUAUAACU